CAGUUUCCCAUCAGGGGAGGAGAGGGAGAGCAGGUUGAAACACAUCUGACUAUGUAUACAAGUAUUGCACAGCCAGUGAAAUAUGGUUUUAGUAGUGCUUUCUAAAAGUGUAAAUAGUGUAUGCAACAUCAAAUUUAUUAUGGCCAAAUGUCUACGAACAGAAGAUGACAUUACAAAUGUGCUAAAUGAGAUUUUGGAUCGUGAAUCUGAGGGUGAGCUGCUGGAGUCUUCAUUUGAGGAAGAAUUACCACCACCUGUAGCUCCAGGUUUUUCAUCACAAGAUGAUGUUAUUCUUCAGGAUGUCCAACUGAAUAUUGAUGAGGAAGGAAUGGCUGCCAAAGACCACGCAGGACCAUCUCUGUAUGCAAAACAAAAUGUGAAUGUAACCUGCUACAGUGCUUGGCGUCUUCUGAUAAUAGACAAAAUUUUGAAACAUUCUGUAAAAUGGACUGAGACCAAAGCACGCCGAGUAUUGGGAUCAGACGAUUGA